UUUAAAGACACAUACAUAUUUAAAACUUCUGAGUAUCACGUUAUAAGCAUGAAUUGGUUAUUAAGGUAAAAUUUAAUACACUUUUGUCCUUGUGAAGACCGUAAGUGGUAAAAAUCCGUGUAAAAGCUUGACAAAAACGUACGAAAAUAUUCGUGCAUUUUGCGAACGAAGCCAGUGUACCUGUUUUAUUCAAGUGACUCAAGUUAACAAGAGUAUUAGUGAGUGAAGAAAAUACGGCUGCUCCUUUAUUCUGAACUUCCAUCGUUACUGGUUCAAGAGCUGCUUCAACGCCUGCCUCUGACCCUGAGCAGUGAAAGUUAAACUUUAAACCUCGGCUGUGAGGAGGCAGCCAGCCUCAUCUUGUCUUGCUAGGCCUACCUUCACCCCCCGCACCCCAGGGUCUACACUUCCUCACCCUCACCCCCAAGGGGGACUUCUCAGCAGCCGCCCAUACAGAAUUAUGGCCAAGAGAGCUGAGUUGAGAGCCUCGCUAAUACUGCUGCUGUUGAGCAGCUGUUGUUCAUCGUCUGCGACUCCUCAGGAGAGCGUGAUCACGGAAGAGUCGAGCACUGCGUCAGUGCGCGGCAGCUGCGGUGCCUCGUCCAGCAGCCACGGCGUGUGUGGCCCCGACGGUAAGCUGAGAUGCCGCGCGGGCUGGACAGGCAGGCUGUGCGACCAGCCCGUGUGCAGCGCCAACUGCCACAAGCAGCACGGCUUCUGCACCAAGCCUGGCGAAUGCAUCUGCCAAAUGGGCUGGCGAGGCGAAAACUGCGACGAGUGCAUCCCGCUGCCGGGCUGCGAGCACGGCUCGUGUAACGGCACGAGCUUCACCUGCUCCUGCCACGACGGCUGGACGGGCCCGCACUGCUCGCAAGCUGUGUGCCGCGCGGGAUGCCACGCGACCCGCGGCUACUGCGACAGCCCUGGCGAGUGCAAGUGUCGCAUCGGGUGGGGCGGCGCCACGUGCGACGAGUGCGCCGUCGUGCCAGGCUGCCAGAACGGCUACUGCCAGAAGCCUCUCGAGUGUCGCUGCAAACCGGGCUGGACUGGCAACCUCUGUCAGACACCUGUGUGUGCAGAAGGAUGUCACCCCGAGCAUGGCACCUGCAGUAAACCUGGGGAAUGCCGAUGCGAGGUGGGCUGGUACGGUCCGCAGUGCAGCACCUGCCAUCCUUACCCAGGCUGCAAAAACGGCCACUGCAGCAGACCGUGGGAGUGCAUCUGCGACUCUGGGUGGACCGGCAUGACUUGUGACAAACGAAUCGAACGAAUUGCCGGCUACUGCGAUACAAACACUAACGUUUGCCUGAACGGCGGGACUUGCAUUGACGUGCUGGGGCCUCGGAACUUCACAUGCUCGUGUCCGUCACUAUUCACAGGCAUGCGUUGCGACUAUCUUGCUGACAGAAGACCUAGACCGAGCGCUUCUUUCAAAACUUCGGUAACUCCUAGUGCUAAAAAAUUCCAGUCUACACAAACUUCUACAUCUGCAACUACAACUACCACAUCUACGACCACACCUAAGUCGACCACUGCCAGAAAAAUCAAAUCCACAACGACAAAGCCCAGUUCGACUACUACGCGUCCUGAAGAAGACGUCGACGAAGAUGACUAUGAUCCUGUGGUAGACGAGUACGAUGAAGCUCCUAGAGGACAACAUUCACGCAUACAUUCUGUAACUGCAUCACCUAACAAACUCAAGCAACUGAGAGAGCAACAGGAAUUGGAUGCUAAAAACGCACGACGAAUCUUUCUGCAAAAACAAGCGACCAUAACUUUUCGACAACCCAAGAUCGUACCAACGGUUCGAACCCGCUCACGGCCUCUUAAAUUACCUUUCACCAUCAUUGACAGGAAGCAUUUGUCACUUCCAGUCUUUCUGCCGCGAGUUAGUGAUGUAAUUAGGAAAAAUGAUACACUUUCGGAAAAUGCAAAUCAAAACGGUACUAUCUUUGAAGAAGAUGCUAAUACGUCAGACUUAACUCAGCCAACAAAUUCAACAACUGUCCUCGAUCGGCCAGGAAAAGGCAGCAGAGACGAUACCUCUUCCAGCUCUCGAACGGAAAUGCUUCUCAAGAAUGAAACUUCUUCCUUGCUCACUAAUUCUAUUGAGAAUCCAGUUAACACUACAACAACAUCUUCGCCGCCCGUCAGCGAUACUUCUACUUCUUCAACAACGUUCGCAACCGCCUUACCUUCAUCAAAUCUUGUUAUCAGCCCCGUAAAACUAGAGAGAAUUGAAAGCACAGUAUCGGUGAAAGAGAAUUCCGAUUCAAUUCAAGACUCGCCAUUACCUUGGAAACAAGAGCCACACAAAGACUCUCUCAAAGGAGAACAGACUAUAAAAGAUUUACUCGAAAAUUACGAGAAACCACAACCAGUUUUGGUUGUUGACUACGAUGACCCGGUGAACGAAGAACUUAAUGGCAUUCAAAAUUCAGAUGAUAAUCAAAUUGACGGAGGUCUCAGUUUCUUGAAUGAGAAUAGAAGGUUUUUGGGACCAGAAAGCUUGAACUUAACACCAGAAAACUCACAGGAAUCCACAUCAAAUGGCCCUUCACGUCCCAUGUUUCUAGUGGCUGUGCGACCAAUCCCACAUCCAGAUGGAUCUGUCAGGCCUAUUGGAGCAGGCGGGAAUCCCCUUAUAAACUUCUCACACGGCAACUUCCCAUCGGCAACUUUCCUUGGAGAGUCUCAAAAUGGAAAAUUCUUACCGCACGGCCGAUCGGUUGGUUCAGGCAGAGGUCCCAUACAAUUUUCAUCGCCCUCAUUCAGUGUCUCUAAUCCUGCCACAUUCAACUUGAGACACUUCGCUCCUCAGACUCGGCUCAGCAGGAGGAUAGGUCAUGCUUCAUCCACCGCUCCCAUUACCCAGCGCUACUCAACGGAAAAUGGAAGAGUCGCGACUACUCACAGUUCAUCUCCGUCGUCCGAAGCGAAAAAUAUACACUUCUACCAAGAACACUCCGACGGGAGCGUCCACAUCGGAGUGAACAGGCACACGCCUCAGGAAGAGAUAAUAAAUGCAUUCAUUGAAAUAAAAAAAGCCCGGCCAUGAUUACGUAAGUUGCUGUUAAGUUCUACCCUUAAGCCAGCCAUUAUUUUGAGGAAUAGUUGCUCCGUUGCCAGUAUUUUCUAUUGUACAAUUGGUUUUAUUGGUGUUGAUUACUUCAGAUUUUAUCGAGAUAUUCUCUGUCACAGAGUGGCUUUGUCGUUAAGAUGGUGCCGAGUGUACAGCUUUGUUAUUAUCAUGUUAUGCUGUUAAAGUUUUCGCCUACCUAGGGUGAUUUCGCCUACCAACCUGUGACCUUGCUCAUGUAUGAGCACACUUGCGAACAUUUAUCCUACAAAAGAUUGGGAUUGAAAAAAAUUUAAUCAUUUUCAUACUUGAAUUAUACAAAUAAUUCUUUUUAUGAUAGAAAUAAGCUGAUAGGAGUAUUUAAUUUUUUUUAUAGGAGGCCCAUACCCUUGUUGUUAGUUUCAAGAUCAAAUUUUACGGUGUUCGGCUGUUAUUUUUUCUCUCGAGAUGCUCGUUUCGACAGGAUCAGCAGACUAUUAUGCAGUCUGUUAUUCAAGGCGUAGUUUCUUCCAUUCCCUCAUUUAAUCAUUCAUUUUCCUGCCUGCAAUACUUGAGAAGGUAGGGCCUAGCAAUUGGGUGACUCAACGGUGCUCACAUUUGCCCCGUCUUUACCAUAUAAUAUUCUUCGCCGUGAUCCUUGGGAUCGUCCUACUCCUACGACAUGUAUACCAAAGUUUGAGAUGCUCUCUCGGUAUUUCUGUAAGUGUAUGUGAUGGCUGCGUGAGUGUUUAACGACAACUUCUGUUAGGUCAGUGAACUUCAUAGAAAAAAUUAGAGCCAUUGAAACUUCUGAAUGCUUCUGACAAAUGUCUCUGACAAUCGAGUAAUUGACCGUUAUGUUUGAGCCGUGAUUCCGCGAGUGCAUGCGUGUAAAUAAUAUUUUAUAAGAGUUAAAAGCUAAUGUAAAACAUACUUCCUCGUUUUAAUUGGCUCAAUUAAACUGCAUUUCUUUAUAAUUUGUGUAUUACAAUUGAAUCAUUCAACUCAGCACACACUAUUUGUGGCCCCUAGAAACUUUCGACAUUAACUAAGAAGAAAUCGUUCACUUGGGUUCCGUAUAAAUAAUUUGUAAAAUUCGUGUGUCCUCCUUAAAUUUGUACAAAUGUACAUACCAGAAGCUGUUCAGCAAAUAUUCGUGAGGAGAAUACAUU